AUGUGUGGCGACCAGUCUCCCAGGUGGUCCGCUGAAGAUAUAAUGAAUUACACGGAACCAAAACUUGGGUACACAAAAGAAUCCCGUGGUUUUCUGAAUCUGGUCGAGGUAUUGUGUGACAUGAACGGCGACGAACGCAAGGCGUUUCUUCAGUUUAUUACGGGCUGCUCCUCUUUGCCACCCGGUGGUCUUGCGAAUCUUUAUCCACGGUUGACGAUCGUCAAAAAGGUAGAAGCGACAGACGGCACCUAUCCGUCCGUUAACACCUGUGUGCAUUAUUUAAAACUGCCGGAGUAUAGUUCGAAGGAAGUACUUCGUGAGAAGCUGCUGGCGGCGACCGUCGAACGCGGAUUCUUCCUCAACUGA